UCUUUGCUGAUUUUAAGAGCAAGUAAACAGCUCUGCUCGCACCUUAUCAGCAAAGAGCAGCUUUGUAACCGUGUUGCACUAUCCAUGGUAUCUGAAACCAAAACAGGCCAACCCCCCUCUUGGGAGAGUAGUAGCGCAGAUGCUCGCUCGUCGUGUGGUCCAGCUUCUUCUCAUGUUGUGCACAACAAGACAGCGCCGGUCUUUUUGUCCACUAACAAGACAGGAGGAUGACAUGUGAUCACCUGAGACGAUUGUUGGCCCUUUCCAGCCUUGCCUGCACCAUGAGGGUGGCUUCCGGCAUCCCAGGCACACGAGGAUUCCAGAAGAAAGUCUCACUCUUGCUGCAAGAGGAGCCAGAAACCCCCAAAUGCUUUGCAGAAACCACAACAGGCUUUGACUGCUUCUGGGAGGAAGAUGAAGAGCGAGCUGGUUCUGUGGAUCAGUAUUCCUUUACGUACACUUACGAAACUAUUGGGGUCUCCAACAAAAAGGAAAACGGCAGCAAAUGUCCGCUGUCAGCACAUCUCACACCGACGGGAAAGAUGCUGUACAUGUGCCACCUGAAUCGAACUUUAGUGUUUGUUCCAAUGCUCAUUGAAAUUCGGCGAGACGGAAGUCUCAUCCACAAUCGCAGCCUCAACGUUGAACUAUUUUUUCUGGUGGACCCUCCCACGAACGUGACCGUGAGUACCACAGGUCAAGAGGGUCAGCUGAAUGUCAGCUGGAUACCGCCUCCUCUAAGAUACAUUGAUGAUACCUUGAUGUAUGAGGUCUCCUAUGCAAUGGCCGACAGUCAUGUGAUGCAGGUAGAGGUAGUACGAGCCAGCUCCAGGAUGAUCUUAAGGAGCCUACAGCCAAGCACUAUGUACAAGGUGCGGGUUCGGGCAAAACUGGAUGGACUGAGCUAUGGUGGCUACUGGAGUUUGUGGAGUGAUCCAGUGUUCAUGGAGACAUCACCUGCAGAAUUCAACCUCCUCAUUGUCUUCCUAAUCCUCACCAUGUCUUUAAUUCUAAUGGCGCUGUCUUUCACUGUGCUCGUGUCCAAUCGCAGGUUUCUGAGAAAGAAAAUUUGGCCAGCUAUUCCAACUCCUGAUGGCAAAUUUCAAGGGCUUUUUACUGAUUACGGUGGAGACUUUCACGAGUGGUUGAAUCAUACGAAUGGAUCCUCGUGGUCGACCCCGGCGUUGUUUUACACCGAGGAAUACCCAACUUUCCUGGAGGUUCUCUCCGAGCUAACCCUGAGCCCCCCAUUACCACCUCCACCUCUCCCACCAAAAAUGUCCAAUGCUCCCACACUGCAAAGCACAGAAGAGGAUAUACAAAGAGGUCUGGAUUUUGCUCUGAGAAAAAUGCCACAUAAUCACUGGCUUGAAAACUUAAGAGUCCAGAACCAGCGGGCUUUUCCUUGCUCCCAGUCGUCUCUGCUGGAGUCUCAGGAUACUUACGUCUCCCUCACUGGGAACAACUACAGCCCAGAUGAUAACACUCAUGGGGAGUCUUUGCCACUAGAGGCGCUGUUGGCCUUUAAAAAGACAAUGUCUGAAGUUCACUGAUCUGGUUCUGUGCCCAAAGCAUAUUGGGAUGCUCUCAGGAGAUGGACAUUUCUUCAAAAACACACUGUAAUUGUAAAUAUAUUUACAUCUAAAUGCAAACGUUGGCAUCUUACACAGAAUCCUGUUGUGGAUAUGAAAACCUUGGCUGUUUACUCACUGCUGCCAUCUAAAGAGCAGAACACAUCAUGCUGACAUUUCUACUAAAAUCACACUAAGGACUUGUGUUUGUACACUAACAGUGUUAAAUAAUAAUAGUGGACACCACAUUUCAAUAUUGAUUAUUAAAUCAAAGGCCAUUUAUUGCUAUCAACUUCACUUACUUGAGAUUAUAAUUUGAUAUGCAACUAUCAACGUAUUACUUAGAAGUGUAGUGUGACACACGCAUGCAUUUGUUUUCAGAGAUUAAAAAUAUCUUUAUAUUG